AUGCAUGAUACCACUCAGUAUCCUGAAAUGACCAAAUUUUUGACCGAAUCAGAGAGAUCAUACAUCAUAGAUGUGCUCAAACAAGAUUCUAAUAAUCUUUCCUCUCGCUUCGACACUCAAUUCUUCCGGCAAGCUAUAAAAGAUUACAAGACCUACGUCCAAAGUCUCAUUUAUUUAAGGCUGCUCGUCCUUGGUUAUGCCAUCGCCCUAUUCUCGCCAACCAUCAUCAACGAGCUUGACUACUCUGCUGCGAAUGCCCAGCUACUCUCAGCCCCGCCAUUUGCUGCUGGCUGUAUCGGAACAAUCAUAUUUGGCAUCUAUUCUGACAAGCACAAUAUUCGUGCGUACGAGCGGACCCGUCGUUCUAGUGCAAGAGGCGAUUUAAAACGUGGAAUUGUAAUAGCAAUGGUCAUUGGUUUCGGUAAUCUCGGAGGUAUUUGCUCCUGCUUCAUUUACAUUGAUCCGCCACACUUCCACAUCGGGCACGGCACGAUCAUGGGAUUCCUUUCUCUUGUGAUCAUAAUGAGUCUCUUUGCUAUGUGGGACUAUAAUCGGCUGAACAAAAAGAAAGAAGGCCAGUGCGAAGCAGAAAACAUUAGCGAUGAUAGAGGAUAUGAAUUUGAGGAUAUGGGCAAUGACAGUCCUCUUUUUAGGUGUGCAUUAUAUUCACUCCAUAACUUGUCUACAUUAUACUCCACCCCGUCGUACUAUUUGGCUAAUUCUGUCGCAGCAGCUGCAACAGCUGUUUCUUUCCUCACAGGGACUUCCGAGCCUAUUUUUUCUUCUAGACUUGCGCCCUUAUCUGUGUCAGAUCAGCCUCUAUCACCUACGCCAACAGGUAAUACUGGACAGAUACGUCAUGUCUGGAGCAGCUUACUUCAUCGUCUUGGUCUACGCACACCUGGGAUGGGAACGCCUGAUGUUGAUAAGGGCACGAAUAGAUCCAGUCCUCGCGAUGCACACGAGCUUCUGCUUACGGAGAUAGCUCGAGCCUUCAAUUUGGGUCUUGGUCUAGAAAGACCGCCUGCUGUCCCUGACGUGACCAAUGCCAAGAGACCUACAUCUGACUACCUUAUCCCUUCAUACCUCUUCCUGACCACCGACAAAAUCGAUAUUUGUCAGCGACGACAUGAGCAUUUGUCAACGACCGAUCUUACUGACCAACAUCGUAGGUCAAAUCGCGACCUCAACGUGCGGCACAAAGCAUUCGGCGAAAGGAACACAUUUCACCAAAAAGGCACACAAAUAAAGAACAUACCGCUCGGCGACUCGGACACCGUCAAAUGGAAAUGGGCGCUUUCCAAGCCCACCAUGUGUUCACCUAACCUAGCGGAUAUCUGGGAAAAUCAACUAACAUCCAUCGAAGACUGGAUCACCGAAGAGAAGAAGAGAGCAGCAAUGGGCUCAAAGAUAAACGUGUGUAUCGCCAAGAGCGCCAAUGACUUGCAAUAUGCAGACCUUAUCAUGUUAACAUCCCAAUGCAUCUACGAGAAGCCAGAAGGUAAAAAUGCCAGUCAUGACACCACACCUCGACGAACCAAGCGCAAAAUCACGAGCGAAGACAGUAUGGUAGGACAGCGUAGCACGGCGGUGUCCAGGACCUCUAUGGCAAGUUCGAGCGCCAAUAUGACUGUGCCAACACCUACAGCAGACGAAGUCACUCCAGGUGCUUUAUACGACCCACGGAUCCUUCCAGACUACCGUGGAACGUAUUUUCAACUGCAACAAAACAAACUUAAGCAACUGAACCUCUACGACACGACCGAAAACGGACUCAAGCUCAUCCCUAUGCACGAGACGUACUCAAAACUAAGACCCGGGACACUCGUUCUCGCUGUCUGUGAUGCGCACAUGUACAAUAUGAUACAAAACGGACAGCCGACCAGCACUUUUCAGCUCGGCAUGCAGGCCAUGAAAGUGCUGGAUCCCUCCGAUGAACCUGUGGAAGAACGUUUUAUUCCCAUCCUUUCCACGACGUCCGUUGACUUGUCGAAAGACGACUCAGCCAUCGCGGGAUUUUCCACGUUCGACGUGGCGAUGAACCCCGCCAAAAAAAUAUCCGAGGCGUACCAUGAUGGUUCCUGGCAUGGGGUUCACAGCAGAGUCAUCAACAGUGUUCGUUCGACUCAUUACUCCGAAGAAUCUCAAGCAUCGCUCAUUAGUGUGAUGCCAUUCCAAGUGUCCUGGUCGGAGACUUGCGGCAAAUAUGACAUAUUCACCAGUAACGCUCUGACAAGAUUUGCAAAACUAAACUCCCCUUGAUGGCUACAAAGUACGCUGGGAGUCAUGACAACAUGUUUGAAUUUUUAUCUAUGCAUGGGUUUACGACGUGGCGGCUCCUCACACAUUACAAAACAUUACCUACUGAUGACAAUGAAGCUUCUGCUGCGGACUCAUUUGUAUGAGUUACUGGGCAAUUGCCACGCAACUCAUCACAGCUGUUUUCUCGAAUCUGUUUAUCUGUCAUUGUGUCUCGGCUCCAUGUCAGAUAUUGCAUGCUGUAUCGCUACGGUGCUAC